GAAACCUGCAGCGAGCAAGAUUGCAACGAGUAGGAAAACUUAGGCCUGGGCAUAAAAACCGGACCCGAAAAACUUAGGCCUGGGCUUUCUGUUCUGUUCUUCUCCCUAAAGUCUCCAACUUUGAAAAGGCAUUUGGUGAAUCUUUACUUUAACAAGAGUUUUGUUUCCAUCCAUCAUCAUUUUGGAACUAAUACAAAAUUCUGUGGGUUAUCUUCACUUUUCAGGAUUCUUGCUGCUGGUGAGCAUUAAUGAGGGGACAUGGAAGUUGCUAUUGCCAAUGGUGAAGAUAAGAUAAUGACCUCAACUUCUUCGAAUCAAGACACGCAAGUCUCUGUUUCGUUUGGUAAGUUCGAGAAUGAUUUACUCUCAUGGGAGAAGUUCUCGUCUUUCUCUCCCAACAAGUACUUGGAAGAAGUUGAGAAGUGUGCAACUCCAGGAUCAGUGUCUCAGAAGAAGGCUUACUUCGAAUCACAUUACAAGAAGAUCACCGAGAGAAAAGCCGAGAUCAUCUUGGAGCAGGAGAAACAAUCAGAGACGAUUGCAUCUUUCAGGGCAAGUCUUGAGAACCGUGGAAAUACAGACAGUGAAAGUGCUUGUUAUGUAUCUAAUGGCGAAAGUACUUCGGGAGAAGAUAAGCUUGUGACCAGCAUUGCUACUGAAGUGAAUGAGACAUGUAACUAUGAGCCUCUUGAAGAAACUGUGAAUCUUGGGGAAUGUCAAAGCUCGGUUGAUGCAGGGGAGGAUGAAUACGGUGAACCUAAUCAGGUGAACAAGAAAGCUGCAGCGACCAAGAUUGUAACGAGUAGGAGAACUCAACCAAGCAAGGAGAAAAGCAUGAUCAAGGCAACAAAUAAAGCAGAAUCACCUGUCUCUAAAGCUUCGACUCCAAGAGUGUCCAAGCCAGCUUCAGCAAUCAAUUCGAUGUCUACUUCUCGAUCUUCAGUAAAGAAGGAGAAUGUCUCGACCUUACCGAGAAAGAAACAAACCGCUCAAAAGAUAUUAGACACUUCUCUCAGUCUGGAUCAACCGGGCUCUGAAGUUACUGCUCUUGCUACCACCAGAAGAUCCUUGUUCACGGAACAAAUGGGAGAUAAAGACAUCGUUAGACGUGCUUUCAAGACUUUCCAGAAGAGUUUCGACCAAAUGAAACCUUCUCUUGAUGUGCAAGAUCCAGCUCCAAAGCAGGUUCCUGGAAAGGCAACUAGUGUUUCCAAGUUAGCUACUACUGGUGAGAGACAAAACGGCAGGCUUGCGAGAUCAGAUGUUACGGAGAAAAAAGGCUCUAACUCUCACGGUUCUUCAUCUUUUGAACCAAAAAUCAAGGGGACAACAGAGAAACAUGAGCAAAAUCCAUGCAAAGACCUCUCCCAAAAGGCUAUUCAGACAAAUGACGAUGAGAUGUGGCAGUCCUCUAUUCAAGAACCUUGUUCUGUAACAGAUGAGUACUGUUUUCUAUGAUCUCCAGGAGGGUUCCACGGUAGGUACGUGACUAAAGCACAAGGCAAAGAUCUACUUCACUAACGCUCAUCAAAAUAUAAGGAUCAUAUGACUCCGAGCUUUCAGGCAACUCUCAAGAGGUAAAAGUCAAUGAUGUUUGUUAUAUACAGAAGUCACCAAGUUAAAAAAAAAGAUUAAAUGUCUUCUGUGAAUGCAUGUGUAUAGACUAAAAGUAAGAAUGAUGUGAUUUUCUUAAUAAGGACAACAUACAGUAAUUGAAAACCAAUCAUACUAUAUCCACUGGAAAUUGUUGUAUCACCAGGAUUAUAACCUUCUUGCACGCUUCAAAAUUAUUACAAAAGACAUUCGUUUUCAAUAGAAAUCAAGAACCUAAUUAAAACUCAUAAACAGUUGUAACACAUUAUACACAAUGUUAGAGUAGAACAGAACACAAGAAUUGUUAUUAACUUAACAUAAAACAACUUGAAAAGUGUUUAUGAAAAAACAAAACGGUUUGAUUCCUCGACGGCGAAAGAGGCCAUAACACCAUGUCUUUUAUAGUUCUUGAGAUCUUUCCCAACAUAGUGGACAGUAACAUUCUUGUCUGCAUCCUCGAUAAGCUGUAUCACAGGACACCUUUUUGGUCGAGUGUAGGGCAUCAUAUGAACCGGAUAAUAUGGUAUCCACUCGUUGGGAUUGAUUUUCUUCUCAGAGACAAUUCUUUUUGCGUGAGAUUUCUUUUGUGCCCAUCUCUGCCUAAUCCGAAGCUUUCUGACCUUGAACCCAGUCUUACUGUAACAUAUCAUCACCACACACAACAUUAGGUAAAAACAAAAUAACUUCUCUCGAUAAAACCAAAGUAGAAACCAUUCCAACAAAAAAAAAAAAAUCACAAUCGAUUAAAUGCCUUGUAAUUCACUGGAAUAACAAGGAAAUCAAACCGAUAAAACGCUAAAAGAACAAACAGAGACGGCAGGAGAAGAAGGAUCAGAGAGAGGAGAGAAACGUACCCCAUGUUUUUGUUAAUUUAGGAAAAGAUUACACCCUAAACCUAUUUAUACUUAAUGCCUCGAAGCCCAUCAGGCCUUCACAUCUUGGGCUUCUAAAAUAG